UUUAAUUAACUGCUUAUUACUCGUAGAGAGCACGCUCAAGCUAGUAGAGUGUCUUCAAGUAGUGUUUCCCCGUCGUGGUCGGUGAGUGUUUUGCGAGCGAGAGCUCCGGCCGGAGCGUGACGUGCUUAUGGGGAGGCCAGCGGGCAGGAAGCGCGCCGCCGUGCUGGGCUUCCUCGGCUUCGCGGCGGCGGCGGAGACGACGGCGGGGAGAGAUGAGCAAGAAGCAGCGUCGUGGCAGCGGAGCCAGCAGCAGCAGCAGCAAGCGGCGAGCGCUGCGCCGUGGACGAGGGCGCCGCCUGAAAGCAGCGGCGGCGACGACGACAUCGACCGCCGGGCGUCCGAGGUCAUCGACCGGGUCCACCGCGGCAUGCUGCUCGCCGGCGCGCGGGACGACGCGGCGCCGCGGCCGCACUGCUAGCUGCCGCAGGCCGCCGGAGGCGCGGUGCGGUGGUCGGUCACCAGCUCACCGCCCGCACCACGGCACCGUACGCGCCGUGCGGGCUAGCUAGCCGGGCCCGUCUGGUUAGGUUGGUUGGUUUGGACGGUUGCGUAACUUGCGUUGUGCUCGCUUGUUCCGGUGUACCGACUGCGCAGUCGAGCCGGUCGCUGCCGACGCGCCACCGGGUAACGAUGUGAUGGAGCACAUGCUUGGCCGGCGGCGGGCACACGACGGCAGCCUAUCUCUGUUCCUUCCAUAUGCUACUGCUACAUUUUCAUUUCUGCGCCGCCCCGCCUUGGGGAACUCGAGCGAGUCACGUGAACGCAAACAAAGAGCUCGCUUUCCCCAUCCGGUGACGGCACAAACAGAGUAGUAGGAUAUGGCUAGAUAAAGUCUCGGUGGUCCAUGUCUGAAUCUGUAUACUUGUUUACGCUGCCUGCCCGAUGCAUGGAUUCAGCCAGUUCUGCAGGUUUUCUUUCUGAAAGCAUGCAGUUCUGAAUUUACU